ACCACGCCUACAAGGCUUGGCAAAUAAAUUAAAUUCUUUUGCGUAUAGUUUCUGCUCUUAACGACUAAACAACGCGAGAGAUGGAUUACAAAGAACAGGUUGAGGAAGUCGUAUCCACCGCGCGGUUCGGAGAUUUGAUCGAGUUCUCGUACCCCAUUGGUUACUCACACUGGGGCGUGUACGACGGAGAUGGAUACGUCGUUCACUUCGCGGUUGCCGAUGAAUCUCAGGUGAUGAGUACGUUUCGAAAUUGUCUGCAGGCUAUCUUCCCCGUUUGUGGUGAUCUUUUGCUUGGGGAAACUAAGAUACGACGUCAGCUUCUGUCUGAGAUUAAUGUGCCAAAAGGAGCUCGUGUUUCAGUGAGCAAUGACCAGCACGCUCUUGAGCCUUCACCUGAGGACGAAAUCAGAAAUCGACUCGAUGCUUUACUGGACAAGGAGUUUACUUACAAACUCUUCACACACAAUUGUGAGCAUUUUGCCACAUUUGCCCGCUCUGGGAAAGCUAUGUGCAAUCAGAUUCCAGGGAAGCCCAAAAACAAGGAAUGUGUGGAAUCUACACAAUUAUUUAGCUGUCUUGUUCCAUCGAGUUAACCUACUGAAUACAAAGAUCGACAAAUUAUCACGAGAAUACUACAUUAUGUUUGAUUAAGGAUAUUUCUCACACAUAUUUAAGCAGAUUCCGGUCUGAUGUCAUGGAAAAGACUGAUCUUUACACUGAUCCGUACUAGUAUAUAAAUCAGUGGUUCUUGACUUUCUUCAGUAUGCCUGCAGGUCAUUUUUUCACCUCCUAGCCUUGUCAAGCUGGUCUGUUCGCUGGUUUCAAAAAGGUUUUGGGUUCAGGUGAGGAGACCUGUUAUGCAGGAAGAUCAUAUACCAGUUAAAACCUAAUGUUUAGUAAAGAUGUUCACAUGUUUCUGACUGUCCUUUUUACAUUUCUAAUAUGGCAUAUACUGUUACUAAUAUUCACAGUUUGCACCACAGUUACAAAACACCAUGAAAUUGUUUUCCUGUGCUAAUAAUGCAUCCCAAAAUAAGGGAAAUAGCUAAGAGCUAAUGUUUUUUAAAUAGCCGAACACCCAGCAAGCAUAGAAUGUUCGUGUUAACAUAUGGAUCCGGAUUAUUUUAUUUUGUUUAAUUUGAAUUUAUUUUAAAUAAAUGAUCUUCUUUGUAGGUUAAAAAAACAUAUGUUGUAACCAAAAACAUGUUAUUUGCUAUUAUUAAUCAGCUGCAGGUGAUCAGAAUUGACCGUACAUGUAUCUGCUAAAAGUGAAUCUUCUGUGUGAUUUUUAUUUUAUUUUUAUGGACUUCAAAUCAGCCAUAAGUGGAGAUAAAAGAAAUGAAACAAAAUGAACAAGAUUAUAAAAGCUUAUACAAGGUUUAAAAUCAACCCAUUUUAUUAAGCUUUUUACAUUAGCUAAUUGUAUUUUGGAUGAAACUGUGGUUUCCAUGGUGAUUUUUUUUCAGAAGGUAAAGGGGCAAUGCAGUGUUUUUUAUCUAUAAAAAAAUAAAUGUUUAUAUUCUAUACAAA